CUGCCGACAUUCUUCUGCUAGAUAGCUCCUUCGCCCACCUUGUGGCUGCGGUGGCAUGGGGACGCAAUGUGUACGACAGCGUUACCCGGUUCCUGCAGUUCCAACUAACUGCGAAUAUGGUGGCGAUUGCAGUGGCAGUUGGCGGAGCGGUGUGUCUACGGCAGUCGCCGCUAUCUGCUGUACAAAUGCUGUGGGUCAACCUCAUCAUCGACUCACUUGCCUCGCUAGCUUUGGCAACCGAUGCGCCAAACGCCGAUGUCCUCACCACACCGCCCCACCGACCCACCGAUCCAAUUGUAACACCCACCGUCCUCAAGCACAUCCUCGGACAGUCAGCCUACCAGCUUGCCGUACUGUAUGGCAUUGUCGGAAUGGAAUCGGCAAUGCAGCCAGAUAUGUUGCCGUUCCACGGGAACGACCUGCUGCUGCCCCUUCUAGGUAGUACCCCUAUCGGUGGCAGUGGUUUGACUUCGACGUGUACGACACUUGUUUUCAACACGUUUGUGUGGAUGCAACUCUUCAAUCAGAUUAACUGCAG